GGCAUGGAGGAGCGGCGGGCUCGGAGCCGCGCCCCGGAGUCCCCGAAACUUCCGAGCGGGCGCCAGUCCGCGCCGCUGCCGCCGCCGCUUCUUCGCCUGCCGGCCUGAGAGCGGGACCAUGGAUGAAAGGUUCAACAAGUGGCUGCUGACGCCGGUGCUCACUCUCCUCUUCGUGGUCAUCAUGUACCAGUACGUGUCCCCCUCCUGUACUAGCUCCUGCGCCAACUUCGGGGAGCAGCCCCGCGCGGGGGAGGCCGGCCAGCCGGCCGCCCCGAGUCCCGCCCGCAGGGCACAGGCGCCGCCGGAGGAGUGGGAGCGGCGGCCCCAGUUGCCCCCGCCACCCCGGGGGCCGCCCGAGGGGCCUCGGGGGGCCGCGGCGCCAGAGGACGAGGACGAGGAGCUCGGGGAGCCGGAGGAGGAAGAAGAGGAGGAGGAAGAGGAGCCGGACCCCGAGGCCCCCGAGAACGGCUCUCUGCCCCGGUUCGUGCCGCGCUUUAACUUCACCCUGAAGGACCUGACCCGCUUCGUGGAUUUCAAUAUCAAAGGGCGCGACGUGAUCGUGUUCCUGCACAUCCAGAAGACCGGGGGCACCACGUUCGGCCGGCACCUGGUGAAGAACAUCCGGCUGGAGCAGCCGUGUAGCUGCAAAGCCGGCCAGAAGAAGUGCACCUGUCACCGGCCGGGCAAGAAGGAGACGUGGCUUUUCUCCCGCUUCUCCACCGGCUGGAGCUGCGGGCUGCACGCCGACUGGACGGAGCUCACCAACUGCGUGCCGGCUAUCAUGGAGAAGAAGGACUGUCCCCGCAACCACAGCCACACCAGGAAUUUCUAUUACAUCACCAUGUUACGGGACCCGGUGUCGCGCUACCUGAGCGAGUGGAAACACGUCCAGAGAGGGGCCACGUGGAAAACCUCCCUCCACAUGUGUGAUGGGAGAAGCCCCACCCCCGAUGAGCUGCCCACCUGCUACCCCGGGGAUGACUGGUCUGGGGUCAGCUUGCGGGAGUUCAUGGACUGCACCUACAACCUGGCCAACAACCGCCAGGUGCGCAUGCUGGCCGACCUCAGCCUGGUGGGCUGCUACAACUUGACUUUCAUGAAUGAGAGCGAGAGAAACACCAUCCUGCUGCAGAGUGCGAAGAACAACCUGAAGAACAUGGCCUUCUUUGGGCUUACGGAAUUCCAGAGGAAGACACAGUUUCUCUUUGAGAGGACAUUCAACCUCAAGUUCAUCUCCCCCUUCACGCAGUUCAACAUCACGCGGGCUUCCAACGUGGACAUCAACGAGGGCGCCCGCCAGCGCAUCGAGGAGCUCAACUUCCUGGACAUGCAGCUUUACGAGUACGCGAAAGACCUCUUCCAGCAGCGCUACCACCACACCAAGCAGCUAGAGCACCAGAGGGACCGGCAAAAGAGGCGGGAGGAGCGCAGGCUGCAGCGGGAGCAUAGGGGCCACCGGUGGCCCAAAGAGGAUGGGAACACAGAGGGGGUGGUCACUGAGGACUACAAUAGCCAGGUGGUGAGAUGGUGACCCCCUGCCCUCUCCUUCCUCAGGAGGGGGAGGAUGAGCAGGUGCACUGACCUUCUGUGGCGUUGGUUACCUUGGAGGAUGAUGGGCCGUUCUAAGGACAUCUGGCUGUAUGUGGCUUGAUUUGGACACCUGCUUCCUCUUUGUCUUCAUCCUUAUCCAGCUGGAGAUGACCUGUCUUCUUCUUUUUUUUUCCUCGACUUUUUUCCAUCCAUGACAUUAAGUAGGGUAGGAAUGCAUCCAACAGAGACGUCCUUAGGAGGUCAAGGAGGGAAGUACCAGAAAGGAAACUGUUCUUGAAGACAUCCUUUGCAGUACCAUGGGAACCCACAGAGGCACACAUGAAAAGCCAAAUUAUGGCUUGGAUGUUCUGCUGAAACUGGUCUGUUUCACACUGUCUCUGUAAUGGAAAUAUUGGUUCUGUCCAGAGAGAGAGAGAGAGAGAGAGAGAGAGAGAGAAGUCCCUUUCAGGCCUUAGAUGAGGUUUAAUGCCAACCCUCACUUGAAUGUUGGCUCUCAUCUUGAACCCUGUUUGAAUGUGGUUUAAAUCAUAAGUCACAGUGUUUUGUUGUUGCAGUUGUUUUUAAACAAGAUUACCCUGCUAUUGACCAUCGCUCAAGACUUACACCCCACAAAGCCCCUGCAUCUUAGCAGGGAGCCAUGCUUCCUCCCCCAUCUUUAAGGGACCAGCUAGUGGAAUCGGGACAGGUGUGCCUGGCCCCUGAGAAAUGAACAUUGGUAGGGGCAUUUAGGAGAAAAUGUGCUUAUUAACUAAGACCUAAGGAGAUUACACGUUACCGAUUUUAUUUUCAUUCAAAAAGAAUUGACUAAUAAAUUAAGGGGUGGGGGGAAGCAGGAGGAUAACUAUAUGAUGUCUCACAUUUCCAAACGGGCUACAGAACUUUUAGCUUUUUUUCUGGGAUAUUUCUGUUUUACCUCUUUGGAGCAGUCAUCUUUGAUAUGGUACUGCCAAGUUUGAAAUUCUGUUAUCACAGAGACAAGCAAGUUUAAAAAGAAUUUGGCCCGAAGAUUAGGAGUUUAGCAGGCCCGUAUGCAAAAGAUCUUCAGGGUCACUAAAUAAGUAACUGCUUUAGGCCAGGAGACGCGGAACUCAAUGGGCCGGUUGUCCAAGAGUUGAGACAGACUCUACCUCCCAACACCUUGAAUAUCUCCAGCCUCGUGACUUUCUUCUCCCCCACUUGAUCUUUGCCUGUGGUUCGGCCGUGGCUGCAGCUCGGGCUGGAGGACAGGAAAAGGUGCCUCAUUGCCAAUUGCGUCUUAUUUUCAAUUUUUCCCAGUCACGACUACAAGAACACAAAGUCUGUCGAAUCAUCAGGGGAGAAGUAUGGAAAAGGGAAUAAAAAAGCCUUGCCUGGCAUUCAGGAGCGGGAUCAGAGUGGGUAGAAAGUUUCACAACAUCGAUCUGAUCAAUCCUAUCAAGGAGCUCAAGGCAAAAUGAGUGAAACCCCUAAAUCAGAUUGAAAAGCCUAUUUCAUUGAUAUCUAGCAUGUUUGAUGUUUAAACCAGCCUUACAUAAGCCACAUCGCAGCCUCCAGAAUACUCUCGCUGGGGUUGAGAGUCCAUCAACCCACAAGCAUUCAUGGAGUGCAUGCCUGUAGAGAGGGGAGCCCAGGGUCUCCAUCAGAGAGAGAUUUGGAGAAGCAGCUUCAAUUCUUCUCUCAUUACCCUUGGCUUCAUCUGUCACGUGAGGGAAGGCAUUAUUGGGGACCUCCCUUGUGUCGCUUGUGUGGGAGGCCCUCUUCAUACCUUAAAUCUAUUCACAACAAGGUAGAUAAUAUUAAGCCCAGUUACGUAGAUAAGAAAAUUGAAACCCACAGACAAUAGGCAGCUUCCUUGUGGAUUGUAUGCUAGGUCUGGCCGACUGCAGAGUGCAAGCUCUUUUGACUCCAUCCUGUUUUUCAUGUGGGACAAAAGCUUCCUGCCAGUCAUGCAAGAAGCCAGCUAUUAGAGUCCAGAAGGCUUUGCCGCUGACCCAUGUGUGGGGCACGACUCUGAUGACCCUGAGCCGGCCGUGACCCAGAGCCAUGCUGCCUUGGGUGAGUCCAGCCCUCUCCACCUCCCUGACCCACCAGCAAGCUGAGAGAUUGAUGAUUUCUUAGGCACUUGUACUUUUUGAGACCUCUAUGUUGAAGGGACCAAAUCAAUAUUGCUUGUUAGUGGGUAGAAAUUAGACUCACAAAAUAUUAGCGUUUCCCUUGUCACUGAUUUGUUCCUGAGGUUGAGAGGGAAGAGAAUACAGCCACUAUUCAUGAGCAGCUUUCUCUCUCUCGCUCUCUUUGCAUUUUGAUGUUAGGAUCUAAUGUUCUGCCUAGAAUGGCAGAACUGCAAAUUGUCCUUCAGCCAGCCACUGUGACACACACACGCACGCACGCACACGCGCACACACAAUAACAAUCCAGUGUUUCGUCAUGUGGAAAAUCAAAACAAGUUAGAAAGCAUUUGGGUUGUUUUAAACUCACUUCAAAUUUUUUGGCAGGGAAUUCAUGCAUAGCUGAGACUUGGAGGCAGCCUCUGCUAACUUCACACUGCUCCUUAGGCAUCUCGGGAUUUAUAUCAAAAGACUUUCCUCGGCCUGCCACUGAAGGCAUGAUGUAUGGUGCUCCACUUGAGACCAGAUAUCAGGAUGUUCACAGGAGAAACCAUCUCUUUGUGUUGGCCCGAGGCCAGUGCUGAGCAAAUUAAAAAGACCGACGCGGGCUUCCUCCCUCAUAUCAUUUCAUUCUAAAGCAGCACGCUUGUCAUAUCCCUGGGGUCCUAUGUUGAUAGAAAUGAAGAAGUAGGGACACAGUUUGUUCUUCAAAAAUUGACUGCACACCUACAUGCUGAGUGACGCUCAGAGGAGGGAUGCCAACAGAAGACAUCUGGGGCUUGGGAUCCAUGGGGAGUCAGCAGCUUUGAGAUCCAAAACCCAAUCAAUUCCAGAUACAUUGGUGUUAAGAGCCCAAGAGGAGGGGGAAAAAUUUCUCCAGGGACUUCCACAUCCUACUGACCCCUACAACUCCCAGGUAGACAUUCCUUCCCUUAUCUUGACAAGGGCAGCCCCAGAUUGGGAUGGGGUGACCUUGUGUGCAUGUUUGUAUGUGUGUUUAAAUUACCAUCGUGGACAUACCAUCUCUUCUGUCUCCUUUUAACCUUUUGGCAGCCUAUUCUUGGGAACCAGAGAAAACCUGCCCUGAGAAUUCUUUGGAUACUCCUAAUAACUAAUAACAUUAGUAAUCAGUGUUGGGUAACAGCUAAGGAUAUCAUGUGUGCUAUGGUUUCUUAUCAUCUCAAGGAGGUAACUUUUUCAUAGUUUAAUCAAGGGUUUAAAAUAUGAGGACUUGUUCAAAAGUCUGAGUAGAGAUAGUACUUAUAUGGGGAAGAAAGUCUACCAGAAGGAGACCUGGCAAGGAGACAAGCAUAGAUCAUUAAAAAACAAACAUUCAGUCCAUAGGAUAGGAUUCCCAUUUGGCUACUUUAAGAGAGAAACUCAAAAUAAUAGUGACUUCAAUGAGAUCAAAAGCCGUUGUCCUCUCAUUUAAAAGGCAAACUUGUUGGAUAGCUCUGGUGAGUGACAUUAAAGAAGUCCAGGCCCCCUUCUGUUGCUCUUUCAUACUAACAUGUGCCUUCCAACUCGUGGUCCAAAGUGACUGCUGAGGCUCCUGCCAUCUCAUUUGUAUUUCAGACAACCGAGAGGAUGGGGAAGGAAGUUGCAGAUAUCACUUCCACUUACAUCUCAUGGGCUAGAACCUAGUCAUUAGCUACAAGUAAAUGCAAAGGAGGCCAGGAAAUGUCUUCAUUAUUGGUUGCCAUGUGCCUUGAUAAACAGGGGGGGAGGGUUCUAUUAUUAAAGAAACAAUGUAAAAAUUAAUACUGAUAAAACUAUCAGUCUCUGACACAAAAGGGAAUUGAAAAAUAUUUCAAGUGCUUUUCACAGUUAUCUAUUUCAUCAUACGUUUUGCAAAGGAGAAGAUUAAAAUUCAUAGCUUUGUAUAGUACUUAAUGUUUUCAAAACAUUUGUACAUUUAGGAUCCCGUUUGAUCUUCACUACUUUCUCAUGUGUUAGAUACAUAGGACCUCUAUUCAUUAUCCCACCUGGUAGUUUCCAGUGGAGCUUCAGGGAUGUGAAAAGAUUUCUCAGUUUGAGUUUAUCAACAAGAAAGUUGCUCAGAGCCCCCAGUCUUGACUUCAUAGCCUUCCUUAUGACUUUAUGCUGCUCAGCAUCAGUAUCAGGAUUGGGAAUUGCAAGGAUAUGAAAUCUAAGUCUUUACUGAUUUAUAUCUUUCCUUACCUUCUUGUAGAACUGCAGUGACAUAGAAGAGGCCAAGGAGACUGGUAGAGUUGGCUCACUACCCCUGCCUCCAAUGAGGAAUCAUCUUGUUAGGAGUGAAAUGUCCAAGAGAUGGGCAGCGUUUCAGGGGAAACUGUAAAGCACAGAAGCUCCAACACCUCACGCUGGCUGUUCACCCCAGCCAAUCCGAAACUGAUUCAAGAUGAAGGCUGAGGGAAUGUGCUCACAACUCCUUAGGGAAGCUCAGUGUCAGAAAUAUCUCGAAUCAGUACCAGCCUGAAUAGUGAGAUGUAAGGGAUGAUCAAUAGAACCCCUGCUCAAAAAAAAAAAAAAAACUCCCUUCCUCCCUACUUCUUCUCCAGGUCUCUGGAAUUUUAUCAGCAACUUACUGCUUUGGUUCUUAAAGGUUUUCUUUGGUGUUAAAUGAGUCCCUGUGCACCCUGCUCAUUUGCCGGAGAGAGGAAGUGCAGGAGUUGCUGUCUUAGGCUAACAUCUUCACACAGUUUAUCAGAUUCCUCUCCCACCAUGAGCUCUAGCUGAGAAGAAAGUCCUGUAUAAUGGGAUCAUGCAAGGGUGGGGGUUAGAAUGUGUAGGGGAAAGUAGAGAGGAAAGUAGGGCUCCUAAAAGGGAAGCAGGUCUUUCAAAGGUGGAAAGAUGAGGAAUUAAAUAUGUGUCAGGAAAUCCCGAAAAACAAAAAAAUGACAUACAGUUUCUGUCCUCGAGAACAAGGGCAGACUGGAGACAUGUGGACUGUAAUUCUUUGGGCCAUUUUAAGGAGCUGACAAGGGCAUGAGGCUCAGGAAACAGGACCAGAGCAUUGGCAGCAUUUUAGGGACUGAAGUAAAGGCUGAAUGAGUUGGUGGGUUCGGAUCCAAGGGAAAGCUGGACUGAGGCAAAGGGUACCCCAGUCUGAUCACAGCUGUGUCUCCAAGGCUUUCCUUUCUUGUAAUUAGUGUGCCUCCACUGGUCAUCAAAACUUCAGCUGAACGUCUUCCGGCUGGGUCUCAGGGCUGGCUGAGUCUGAGGACUCUCCCCCACCCCCCACCAGCCACGGCACCUCUGGGGAGCAUGCAGCCUUUCCUUCGCCAAGUCACCUCCUUUAGUCCCUUCCUCCAUUUUCUAUGAGACAUUAUCCUGCUAUGCUCUCACCAUAUUCACCUGGACACUUCCGAACUAAUUCCCUAAAACUUUGAAUGAGCCCUUCUGGGCAAGUGGGCAGGUUCUGAGACCUGUGUGUUUUGUAGCCUCAUGGAUGGAACGGACGUGGACCCAUCACACUGCACACUGACAGAACCAACCUUCCUUGCAGAAGUGCUGAGACUUCCAGACGACUGGCCUUGCCAUGAACACCAGCAACAUCUGUAAGACAAAAGCCCCAGGACUUCCAGGCAAGGACUCGAGGUAACCUAACAGAACUCCCCAUCUGAGAACGCCAAAGCACAGAUGUUUCUUAAGCCUGUGUUCUAAGUUGUCUAUGGAAAAGACUGCAACAGUCAUCCUUUGACGUGUUACACGUUCUGCUGCUCUGUGGGAACUCAUCAAAGGGCCAGAUGUCAGUGCUGAAAAACCUCAGUUCUUGCCGGGGAACACCGUGUUCUAAGGAAGCAGAGUUUGUGUGAUUUAGUUAUCGCCAUUAUUUGCCUUCCACCAACCUCUUACGUUUCUAAUUUCUUAUGUUUUAAUCCUUUUUGUUUGUUUGUUUGUUUGUUUUGCGUGUGUUUUUGUCCCCCCGGAAGUACUUUCUGGGCUCUUUUGCAUUCUUUUUCAUUUAAUGUAUCAAAGAUGAAACAUGUUGGAAAGAAAAAUCUAGACUUUUAUCUGGUGCCCCACUUUAGAUGUAAAGAUAGUUAUUCAAUAGAUAGUAAAUUAUUUCACCUACGAGAUAUUUCCUUUUGUUUCUGUGCAAUAAUAUGUAUGAACUCGGGUACUAGGAGAUUGUAUUGUGACAUUAUCAACCCUUAUUGCUAUUUAAAAAACGAUAGUUUGUAGAACUGAGGAUCUCCAUUGAUGUGAAGCACAAUUUAAUGAAUAAGUUAACAUAUUAAACUGUUGUGAUGUCAAGAACAAUUGUUUUCCCCCGUGAUUUUCUUAGACAUUUUUGCAAAAUGAGAGAAGUUGGUCAAACACUUUAAGGGAUUUAUGGAAAUUGAAUCCUCGGGAUCAGCUUUGUCAAACUCUAAAAAAAAUCCAUGCUUUGGAUACAAAUGUGGCUAUUGGAUGUGAAGCUUCAGAAACAUAAAGGACAAAGAAAAUAUAGAUUGAAACAAUUUAAAAUCUCCGAGGCCAGGGAGGAUUUCACAGGCUCUCAAACACAUAAGCUUCUAGAACGGUGCUUUUCAGUGGCCCUCCUUGUUUUUCGCCCACCUUGGCACAUUGAAAUUCACUUUGAAAGGUGGGAAAGAAGCCUGGAGAGGAAGGGGGUGGUGGGAGACAAAGCGGGAACUGAAGCAAAGCUGUCUGGCACUGACUCGAAAAGAAAGAAAAGAGCAAAGGAAGGAAAAGAGGGAGAGAGGGGACGGGGAGACAGGGAGACAAAAUGGAAGCAAAAAAAUACAACAAUGGCAACUGCUGUGGGUCUCUCCACAAUUUCAAAGUGUAGGGUUGGUCCACAUCGAUUUUUAAAUCAAUACCUAGUUCCUAUAACAAAUGCAAAGAAAGAGAAAAUUAGUUUCUAGGAGAGAAAAGUCCCUUCAUUCAAAAAUCCCUUGAAUGGUGGGUGCCUUUUAUCAUUUUCUGUUUGUUCUGUAGAAGUGGGAUUUGUGGAUUCCUUCCUUGCUUAUAGGUUCGUGAGAUUUAAAGCCUUAGAAAAAUGUCAUUUGACCAUGUCCCUCUGACUCAUGGGAAUCAUAGGCAAAGUCACCUUGACUCCAGAGCAAUUGCAGUGGCCUUAGGAGAGGCUCCAAAGACAAUAGAAGUUAAAGCCAAACACACGAGCACGCAUGCGCAUGCGCACCCCUACCCCAACCCCCUGCCCCCCGCACAGACGUUUUGCGGGCUUCUGUCUUCCAAGAAAAAAAAAAACAAACAUAAGUUGAGAGAACUAAGAAACACUGAAGAUUUACUUCUUUCCCCCAUUCACCAUGAAAAUAGUGUUCAAGAUAAGACUGGAAAUGUCAAAAAUAUUAUUGAAAAUCUGCUCUCAAUAUAGUAAGGUUUCCCUUUCACAGAUCAGUUUUCAUACAAAAUAAAUUUGAAAAAUAAUAGAAUCUAAUUUAGCAUAAUUAUGUCUUUUAUAUAUGAUGUUAAUUUUUAUGAUUACAAAGUAAUAUGUGACCUUAGAUCACUUGAAAAAAUGUGAGAAGAAAUGCAUGUAUAAAAGAGCCAUAUCCUGACAUGAUUUUGAUCUAUUUUCUUUCAUUUUUUUAUGUAUUGGCAAUUAGAGUAAAAUUUUAAGUAACAAAUGUUUUAGCGAUUUAGAAUCAGACAAUCUAUAUAAUGGAAAUACAUAUUUUAACCUCUUAAUGCCCAUUCUUGGAAACACAAUUUUAAUAGCUGCAUGUAAUUCUACCGUUCUGAUAUUUUGGGGGCAUUCUUUUCAUUUUCAAUAUUCCCACUGAUGUAACUGACACUGAAAUGAAUAUAUUUGUACGUAAGUAGCAUCUCCGUGAGUGUCUCUGUAUACUGGUGGGAGAGAGGAUAGUGGACCCUUGAUUGUAUCUCCCCAACAACUGAGAAAGAAAAAAUCUUCAAGAUUGUCAAAAUUGCAUGCAUGCAAUGAAUUGUGGAAAAAAUCAAAAUGAAAAUUAUCGACUCAAGGAAAAAUACCUAUAUCUCUCCAGAACCACCUUUCUGGCCCUGGAUGGAAGCGCUCAUUCCCCAAGAGGCUGGGGAGUGUGGCUGCUGACUGAGAGCUGUCAUCUGAGGCUCUCUCGAGGACGUGCCAACCCCCAGGUCAUGCCACCUGUCGAGGCCAGUUCAUCUCGAGUGACGUGGCUGGGGAGGCCAAGGCCAGGACUUUUAAGUGGGGACUUCUCAGCUCCAAAGCACUCUGUAGGGUCAGCUAAGGAUUUCACUGUAAUGCGCCUUUCUGCCUCUGCCACUCCUGCUCUCCCCCCCCCCCCGCACCCCCAGGU